AUGGAAAACAAACACAAGUCCACUCUCAUAACCUUCAACUUCCAAACACCUGACGAUAAUACAAACGAAGAAGGUGUUUUAUCAAAAAUAUUUGAUAAAGUCAUACACGCUGUAUCUGGACAACACCCACAAGAUAACACUUGUGUUCGCACAACUAACGACAGAAAUGAGCUCAAGCAUCAACGCGCUGAAUCUGUCAAUUCUGUUGCAACUCACUUAGAGCAACAACAUUCGCAAAUCAGCUCAACCCUAAGUCGACAUUUAACAACGGCUUCUACUUCCUCCAACAAAGACUCGGCUCUAAUUAAUUUCCCGGCUUCAAUGCACCUUGAUGCAGUUCCACGUUCUUCUACUUCAACAACUGCUACAACCACUACCACUGUUACAGUUGGAAAUCAAAAAUCUGAACAACAAAAAAUCUUGGAUGAUGAACAUAAUACGCACGCCACUGUUCAAUUCGUUACACCUGUGAUUGAGAAAUCUCACGAUGACAGCCAUGCCUCUUUAGAUUUCUUGAUAACAUCUCCGCUUACCAAACGAAGAUCGAUGGAUAGUGACACUCAAUCAGUAGCCACCAAUUUUUCGAUAUCCAAUUCAAACUCACUUUCCAAGAUACUAGCUCGCUUGCGAGGUCAGAAAAGCGACAAAGAAUUUUGGAUGCCAGAUGAACAAUGUAAGGAGUGCUACAAGUGUCGAAAACCGUUUACCUUGUUAAGAAGAAAACAUCAUUGUCGCACAUGUGAGCAAUUACAACAAUUGAAAGAGAGCCAGACAGAUCCUUCGGAUGCCCAUGAAUAUUCCUUAUCAUUGCAACAACCUGGUAGUAUAGCAUCUAUAAAUAAUGGAAAAAUCAUAGAUUUGAAUACACAGCAGCAGCAGCAGCAACAGCUACAAAACCAACCUUCAAAUACAUACAACUCGACCAUUAUACCAUCUCAAAAGCCACCUUUAGCAGUUCCCAAAAUGCAAAUACCAGCAACGGCUCUACGCCACACGAGAAGCAAUUAUGGGAAUGAUGAUACGACAAUGUUUGCAUUAGAAAUACCUACUCAUGGAUCUGAUAAUUAUAUGGGCGGAUCACCACAAACCUCAUUUUUGCUGGAAAGACCCCAAUCGUCAAAUGCAUUUCAUGCGACAGAUCAAUGGAAUUAUACAACGGACUCUCCAGCAUUACCCUAUAGUAACUCUUCAGCUGGUGGGGGCUUGAAACGUUUAUUAGACGUGGGUACUUCCUUACUCAAAUCAACAACAUCCUCCCGACCGAGAUCCAACACGUCAUCAUCUGCACCGUUAGAAGAUACACGAUAUUCAGGUAUGACACAAUAUGGGUCAUCUUCAAACUUUAAAGGUAUCGGGCCACCUUAUUUAUUAGACCGCGGUGGAGGUACAGUAUUAGCCGAGUCUGAACUAAGUCCAUUCCCCGGUAACAAUGAUCAUAAGACGGAAUUCUACCACGACCCUCUUCAUCACCAUGUUCAUUAUGACAGCAGACUUUCUCAUAUACCAACAACAACAACAGCACCACCACCACCACCCAUAUUACCGCAUCAAAGUAAUUCUAGCAGUACUGUACCCAAAAUAUCAAGCGGUGACCAUUUAUAUGCUUCGAGUCAACUCGGGGUUAUAGGAAGCGAUGACGAGGCAUAUGAUCAUCGUCUUCGCGUGAAGCGAACUGAAGAGCUCCGAGGUAAUAAUUUGCCUUCUCUAUCAUCAUUCAAUUCGCUAAGAAGACUAAGUUUUACAGGUAGUAGUGGCAGUAGUGGAGGGAAUAGUACUCAUAAACGAGUAUUCAGGAACAGUAUGAUUCGUGUGACUACAUCAGGUUUACCUAAAUCUGAAUAUACUACUCCACAGCUAUUUAACGAAAACUGGUCCCCGAAUCAACCUUCUACGCCGUAUGAUGUUUUCCAACAAAAUCAACUUCAGGUACAACAACUGCAACAACAACAAGACUCACCCAUAUCUCCCAACAUGUCGAUGAGUAGACGUCGUUUACCUCCCCGACCACGCAAGAACUCUGUGCCACCACAAUCUGUUGAAUUAAGCCUGAGUGCGAGAAACCAUGCACGAAAGAUAUUGAGACAAUUGAUGGAAGAUAUUACGCUAGCAGAGACAAGUAAAAAUGAAUGGGAGGAAGUGAUUAUGACGAUUUUGCUCAAGGUGGCUAAUACAGUGCAACCCGAUAUACGUUCUGGUGAUGAUAUGGAUGUACGACACUAUGUUAAGAUUAAAAAAAUUCCGGGCGGUGCACCUUCAGAUAGUUUUUACGUCAAAGGCGUGGUGUGUACAAAAAAUGUAGCACAUAAACGUAUGAUGAAGAAUAUCUCAAAGCCUCGGAUCCUAAUUUUGUUGUUCUCUUUGGAUUAUUCUCGUGUUGAGAUGGAGAACCAAUUAGCACCUAUUGCCCCUGUCAUUUCUCAAGAACGUGAACAUGUGCGUCAAUUAAUAGGUCGUAUUGUUGCUUUAAAACCCUCUCUACUGGUGGUAAAAUCUACGGUAUCUCGCUUAGCGUUAGAGUUUUUAUUAGCUGCCAACAUUCCUGUGGUUCAUAAUGUCAAGGAUAGCGUGAUUGAAGCAGUUGCCAGGUGUACACAAGCGUCUAUCGUUACAUCAGUAGACAAACUCAAACACGGAUUAUCGUUUGGCCAUUGUGGAUCCUUUGAGAUUAGAACUUACAUGCACGAAUGGAUACCCAAUCGGCGCAAGAGUUUCUUGUUUUUUGACGAUUGUGCCCCUGAAUUAGGUGGCACCAUUGUGCUACGUGGUGAAAAAGAUGAAACAUUGUGUGUCAUCAAACGUCUAAUUGAUUUUAUGGUAUUUGUUGUGAAUAAUUUGAAACUGGAGACUUCCUUAUUAUUAGAUUCGUUCGCUAAAAGUCCAGGCUCAAUUGAUACACCCCCCUUGACAUCACAACUGUCUGAGAGACAUCGAUCUCCGUUAAUCUCGUCUCAUUUGCAAUCAAAUACCGUCAAUGUGGAUUAUGAGGAGGAAGAUAUACAUACCAUCAAUAGUCAUUAUACAUCUGAUCUGCUGAAACUGUACCAAAACACAGUACUCUCGGUAUCUCAAUUUGUGGUAUUUCCUCCCCCUUAUCUUUUGGUCACCCUCAAGGAAACUGAAGACAAGCUGGCUUUAAUCAAUGAACAAAAACGUCGUAAGUCUGUAUCUGGAUCCUCUAUUUUUACGAACGCUACAACUACCAGAGAAUCUAUCGCUCCUUUAUCGGUGUCGCCAACUCGAUCGACGUUUGAAAAACAAUCAAUCCACAGUGUCGAUCAUAGCACAGCGACGAAAACUGAUAAUUUGGAGCACCGUCAGCAAAACUGGCAUGCCGAAGAUGUUGUAUUAGAAGCAGAAAAUGAUUUAAUUACAAAAUAUCGACAGGUUUCUAGGGCGUGGGAUGCUUAUAUUGGCGAAAACCCCGAAUUUAUCAGUCCAUUCUAUCACCAAAAUAUUGUUGUCCUGUAUUCCACCGUGUGCAGCGUUACUACGGUUCCUUGCCAAGGACCUGAAAUUCGGAUAUUUAGCUUCUACCGUUAUCCUUCGGAUAAAGCGUUAGGACAAUAUGUCAUGGAUUUCUGUAACGAUGCGCGUCAGCCUUGUUCAUCCAUGAUGUGCGAUCAUCCAAUGAUACAACAUUAUCGUUCAUACGCUCAUGGUAAUGCACGUGUAAACAUUAUGAUCGAACCAUUUCCCUGUCCCCUACCCGGGAUGGAAAACAAGUUACUAAUGUGGAGCUAUUGUAAAGAAUGUGAUAAACCUACACCCGCUUUACCUGUAUCGGACAACACAUGGAAUUAUUCUUUUGGUAAGUUCUUGGAAAUCUUCUUUUAUCAACAAGGGGUUUAUUGCAGAGCGGAUAUCUGUCCGCACGAUAUGGCUCGUAAUCAUGUUCGAUACUUCGGCUAUAUGAACUUAACUGUUCGAUUUCAAUAUGACCCCAUCGAAUUGCUCGAGGUGAUUGUGCCACCGAUGAAACUCUUCAUUUUCAGUCAGGUUCAGAUGGAUAUUAAGGAUGCAGAACUGGCUUUAUUACGGUCCAAGAUCAACAGAUUUUACCAAUCCAUUGUUGAGCGUAACAAGGCGUUUCCUUUUGAUUUGGUUGACCCGCACAAAUUGGAUCAAUGCAAGGCUGAACUACAAGAGAUAUCGUUGGAAGCGCAAGGAGAAAGAAAGGAUGCAUUACAACUAGUUCAAACCGUGUAUGCUCAUUCCGAUCCUUACGAUACAUUAUCUAUCAACAGUGUUCGACGAAAUCUUUUUCAAGUGGUUCAUCAUUGGUAUGCUGUCUACACAGACUUUGUUCGAUAUUAUCUGCAGCCAGAACGUGAAUUAAAAAAGAUUACCACCAACCAGCUGCGUAAAAUGUUUCCUGGCGAGGUUUCGGAAGCGACCAUCUUCAAAAUGGACAAUGAACGUACGAAACGGGCAACAGAAGUGACAGAUUUACCGUUAUUAGGAAUAGCAAAAUUUAAAAUAGAAGAAGGGAAAGCAACAGGUAUCGAUUCAUUAAACCGAAUUGCUUCCAACAAAUUUUUACGGAUCAAAAGCCCCGGUACCUUAUCUGCUGCUUUCACACCAUCCCGUAUUCCCAUUCCUUUGUACAGUAACGGAAGAAAUAGUAUAUCGUCAACACCACCUAUGUACGAGCCACAUAGUACAAGGAAAGGAAAACAUAGUGAUAGGAUGGAUUCAUCUACCACAACCAAUGAAGGGAAAAUACCUCGAUCCUCUACUUCAGCAACUUUACACCCCAAAAGUCUUCAUCAACGACACCAUUCAAUUGGCCAUAGCCAGCAUCUCAACCAUCAAUCUGUGUUUGAACAACUCAGAAUGCGAUAUAAUGAAAACCAAGAAGAGAUUGAAGAUGAAGAGGAUGAUCAUUUAACUCCCAGUAGUUUCCUUCGGAAAAGUGCAACUACACGUAGAUUCAGGUCGCGAUUGCCAAGAAAGAAGACGCAUAUUCAAGUUUACACGCAAGCAAAUGAUCUUGUGCGCGAGGACAUUGACGAUGAAUUCUAUGCUAGCGGCGACCAACCAGAUGAUACGUAUUCUAUUGAAUCUUCAAGGAAAACAAAACAAAACCAACACAGACAGAAAAAGAAUAACAUGCAUUCCACCACCAGUCGGAAACAACACAUGUUCAAUGCAAAUAGAAGCUUUCAUGAUAAUGGUGAAGAAGCAGAUAAUGACGAUAAUGAUGUAUCUGAUGAUGCUGGUGAUGAUUCGGAUAAAGAAAAUAUUGAUUACUUCUCUUCAUUGGCACCUUAUACACACGAUGUAAUUGAAGGAGCGGCUGCCGUUCUGGCAGCCAACAAUGAAAAAGAUUAUACAGAAAAUCAAUCAUUACCCAGCAACAUGGGAAGUAAUCUACAUCAGCAACAGUAUUCUUUCGCCAAGAACUAUUUUCCUUUCAGUGAUGGACAGAUGGAUAUGUCGUCGGGUAUGUCUGGAGAAGAGGAAAAUGAUCGCGACUUACCUUCAGCAUCGGAACUUCUGAUGGAUCAACAAACAAAUGUGGAUGGUAUGAGAUUAGAUGAUUUACGUAAUAUUCAUCCUGGCAUUUUGGUAGACAAUUCGCAAACCAGUAGUGCUUAUCAUGCUCGUGUCGCUAUAGCAGAGGCAAUUGAAGAAGGCCGCCACUCACCUGAAAAGACUUCGUUCAUGAAGACAUUGACAAAUUUUCUGACAGAUAGUGGGCUUGGUAAUUUGUUGCCUUUGGAAUCACCACUGCAACCUACAGAAUACCUAUUUCCUGAUUCAUAUGUUGUCGUAAGAGAAGAUGAGCCAAGCACAAUUAUCGCAUACACGUUAGAUUCUAAGGAUUACAUUGAAAAGUUGCACGAUAUACGAGAAUGCAGUAGUGGUGAUGGGUCCAACGAAGGCACUAUUAGGCCUGGGGAUGCAUCAUUGAUGGAUGCUAAAGCGCCCUCUGAAGCUACAACAGUAGAUAAUGGUGGGCCACCUCAACUAUCCGCUGAGGAUAUUCAAGAAACGCUUUUACGAGAAUCUGGCACACAUAUGCGAUAUAACUUCUCUACAGGUAAUACGAAAUUCUUUUGCAAAAUUUUCUUCUCGGAACAAUUUGAUGCGCUUCGAAAAAACUGUGGGUUUGAUGAGAGUUAUAUCAUGUCGUUGGCAAGCUGUAUCAAGUGGGAUUCUUCGGGUGGUAAAUCAGGCUCAGCUUUUCUGAAAACAAAAGAUGAUCGUUUGUUGAUGAAGCAAAUGUCCAAGUAUGAAUUAGACGCAUUCCUCGGAUUUGCACCUGCCUACUUUCAAUACAUGUCAGAGGCUUUUUUCAGUGAGCUCCCGACGGUACUUGCAAAGAUUUUUGGAUUUUACAGUAUCGGAUACAAAAAUUCUGCUACUGGAAAGUCAAUGCGCAUGGAUGUACUUGUCAUGGAGAAUCUAUUCUAUCAACGCAAUGUCAAAAAGGUAAGUUUGUACGUUUUUUGUUGGGCCGGACUUAAUAUUGAAUUGUCUUUUCAAGAUUUUCGAUUUAAAAGGAUCUAUGAGAAAUCGUCAUGUUCAGUCCACCGGAAAGCAAGAUGA